GGCCGUGCGGUAACGGCAGUUCGGGGUGAAUGUACCGUGUAACUAAGCCUAUCGCUGCCCCAGACUAGCUUCCCCCGCUUCGCUGGGCGCGCUUGGCUGCUGUCCGCGGAUCGCCCACCGAGCUUUGUGCUGCAGUAUCUUUCCUCCUGGAGCAACGGGAGUCAUCUGCUGCCGGUCUUCAGGCCUGCCACAACCACUACCCUUUCUGUGGGGACACCAGGGCCGCAUCACCUCCCUCCCCGGCAGCUAUCAGAUAUGUUACACUGCUGACAGACCCUACACCUGAAAUGUCCUUUCGCACCUUGGGACUGCUGCACACUCUCACAUGUCUCCUGGCUUGUAGCGCUGCCCUGCUCCCAAGAGGGGCCUGUCCCUGAGGGCGGUUCUGCUUCACCUGCUGUUGCCAGCAUCGCCGUGCUGCCCAUUCUUAACAGGCGCCGCCUCUCUACAUUACACGCGCGGUGCUCCUGCAUGCGAACCCCGCGCCAGUAGCCGGGCGGCGAGGCCUGGACCCGGGCCCCCCUCGAGCUGUGGGGCGGCGGGAGGAGCGCCGCGUCGGGAACACUCCGCCUAACCCGGGCGGAAGACCAACGGCUGUGGGCGGAGAAUCGCUGCAGCACCGCGCGCCCGUUGGCCGAGGCCGCGGGGGCCGGGCUGCGAUUGGCCCUGCCGCCGGCCCCCGCUCUGCUGCGCUGUGGGUAUUUCUCGGCGCAAGCGAGGCGGCUCGCGGCGUGCGGGCUGUGGUCUUACGCGAUGACUCAGUGGUAUCAGCUACAGCAACUUGAUUCCAAGUUUUUGGAGCAAGUUCACCAGCUAUACGAUGACAGCUUUCCUAUGGAGAUCAGACAGUACCUGGCACAGUGGCUGGAAAACCAGGACUGGGAACAUGCAGCCAACAACGUAUCUUUUGCUACGGUCUUAUUCCAUGACCUGCUGUCACAGCUCGAUGAUCAGUUUAGUAGAUUCUUGAUAGAAAACAACUUUUUGCUGCAACACAACAUAAGGAAAAGCAAACGUAAUCUUCAGGAUAACUUCCAAGAAGACCCAAUACACAUGGCAAUGAUCAUCUACAACUGUUUGAAAGAAGAGAGGAAAAUACUGAACAGUGCACAGUUAUCAAACCAGAUGGAAGUGGGAAGCAUACAGAACACUGUGAUUGAGAUGCUGGACAAACAGAAGAAGCUUGAUGUGAAAGUUAAGGCUGUGAAAAAUAGUGUCAUGGACGUGGAGCAAGACAUCAAGACAUUAGAGGAUAUGCAAGAUGAAUAUGACUUUAAAUAUAAAACCUUUCAAAAUAGAGAGCAUGAGUCCAAUGCAAUGUCACAGGAGGAAUAUAAGAAGGAACAGAUGAAUCUCAAUAAGAUGUAUCUAUCACUUGACCUCAAGAGAAAGGAAGUGGUGAACAAGAUAGUACAGCUACUGAACACCACAGAACACACACAGAGUGCUCUUAUUAAUGAGGAGCUGGUGGAGUGGAAACACAGGCAGCAGACUGCGUGUAUUGGAGGCCCACCCAAUGCCUGUCUCGACCAGCUACAGAACUGGUUCACUGUUGUUGCCGAAAGUCUACAGCAAGUUCGUCAGCAGCUCAAAAAGCUUGAAGAACUGGAACAGAAGUUUACCUAUGAGUCUGAUCCCAUCACAAAAAAUAAACAAGUUCUGCAGGACCGAACGUACAGUCUUUUCAAACAGCUCAUCCAGAGCUCCUUUGUGGUAGAGAGGCAGCCUUGCAUGCCAACACAUCCUCAGAGGCCAUUAGUCCUGAAGACAGGAGUACAGUUUACUGUAAAGCUGAGGUUGCUGGUGAAAUUGCAGGAAUUAAACUACAACUUGAAAGUGAAAGUCUUAUUUGAUAAAGACAUAAGUGAGAAGAACUCAGUCAAAGGGUUCAGGAAAUUUAAUAUUUUGGGAACGAACACAAAAGUAAUGAACAUGGAAGAAUCUACUAAUGGAAGUCUAGCAGCAGAAUUCAGGCACUUGCAACUGAAAGAACAGAAAAGUGCAGGAAACAGAACAAAUGAGGGUCCUCUCAUUGUGACAGAAGAACUUCACUCUCUGAGUUUUGAGACGCAACUGUGCCAGCCUGGCUUGGUGAUAGACCUAGAGACUACAUCCCUCCCCAUUGUUGUCAUCUCAAAUGUGAGCCAGCUUCCAAGUGGAUGGGCUUCUAUCUUAUGGUUCAACAUGCUGUCUACUGAUCCCAAGAACCUGUCCUUCUUUCUGAAUCCUCCUUGUGCAAAGUGGUCUAAGCUUUCUGAAGUUCUGAGCUGGCAGUUUUCUUCCGUAACAAAGAGAGGCCUUAAUGCGGAUCAGCUGAGCAUGCUGGGAGAGAAGCUACUUGGGCCAACAAGUGGAGGAUCUCACGAUAGUCUUAUUCCUUGGACAAGAUUCUGCAAGGAAAAUAUAAAUGACAAAAAUUUCCCCUUUUGGCUGUGGAUUGAGGGAAUCCUGGAGCUUAUUAAGAAACACCUCCUGUGUCUCUGGAAUGAUGGCUGCAUCAUGGGUUUCAUCAGUAAAGAGAAAGAACGUGCUUUAUUGAAGGACCAGAGUCCAGGAACAUUUUUGCUAAGAUUCAGUGAAAGCAGCAGAGAGGGAGCAAUCACAUUCACUUGGGUGGAAGGAUCUCAGAACGAGCCCCAGUUCCAUUCAGUAGAACCCUACACCAAGAAGGAGCUCUCUGCCGUUACUUUCCCUGAUAUCAUUCGCAACUACAAAGUGAUGGCAGCUGAAAACAUUCCUGAAAACCCACUGAGGUUUCUGUACCCAGAUAUACCCAAAGACAAUGCCUUUGGCAAAUACUACUCCAGGCCUGAGGCACCAGAGCCCAUGGAUUUGGAUAGUCCCAAGGGAAACGGCUACAUCAAGACCGAGUUAAUCUCUGUAUCUGAAGUCCACCCUUCCAGGCUCCAGACUCCAGAAAAUCUGCUCCCCAUGUCUCCAGAAGAGUUUGAUGAGGUGUCCCGGAUGGUGGGCCCAGCAGAGAUCGAUACUGUGAUGUGUUCAGCAUAUUCAACUUAAAGGCUGAGAUUUUUACUGCAUCAUAAACACAGCUUAUCAGCUUGUGCACCCUGCUCUGCAGUCAAUGACUUGGUGACAUGCUUCAAUUCUGACGUGAGGGUCCAGCAGCAAUUUUUAAUUAAUGGGAAUAUAAACAGCAGUCCAAGUAGCCUCCUUACCUGUGCUUCUUUCUGUUGUUUAGAAGUUCUUUGCUAAAGAAUUUCCAGUUAGCAAAGUACAGUGCCAGAGUGGAGGAAGAGAGGAAUGAGAGCUCCUCAGCAAGAAUGAUGGGGGAAACAUGGGUCUUUUUGCUUAAGUGGAAUAGUUAAAUGUAACAUUUAAAGCAGUUGCCUGUACGUAGAAGGCUUUCAAGGAAAGCUCGUUGUUUUCCAGAGGUUCUGUUCAGAAAGCUCCCACCUUCUGCAUAACUACUUUCCUAGCUUUGAAUUUUCAUCUGCACUAGGCAAAGGGAAGCAUGCUGCAGGUGCCUGCCACGCUGAAGCUGGUCCUGGUUCCAUCUUGUCUGAGCAUGUGGCAUACUGCGAAGACAUAAGCCAAACGUGGUACCUGCAUUUCAUUUUUUUUCACUGCUUGCUUAGAGCCAGGCCUUCUUGUGGAGGAUGUUUAGCACAAUCUUUCUCAAAAAGAGCACUUCUUAGGACACUACUUGGAAGUUGCACUGGCACAUGAGGUUACAUCUUAAUGUGCAUACUCAAGCCUCUGGAGCCUGCAGUAAUAAUGUCAAGCAGCAGCAUCAGAGAAAACAAGAACCUAUGCUUAAAAAGUGCAAAAGGGGUUGAGGUGUUUUUACUCAUUGUGCUUAAUCUACCAGGGUCUGGCUGUGUAGUGCCUCAUACCUUUCACAAUAACAGAUGCCCCGUUUAGCAGGAAGUUAGUUCCACUUGAACAUGAGGGUGAGGGAGCUCAGGCCCAGGCUGCCCAGGGAGGUUGUGGAGUCUCCUUCGCUGGAGGUCUUCAAAACCCGCCUGGACACGUUCCUGUGUGACCUGAUUUGGGCAGACCUGCUUUAGCAGGGGGAGUUGGAUGAGAUAAUUUCUGGAGGUCCCUUCCAACCCCUAUCAUUCUGUGGUUCAGGUUAUAACAGGUGGAAUGUAACUUCAUUUUCUUUUGCACUAUGAACCAAGACAUUUAUUUAACUGUCAAUUUGAAUAGCUAGAAUAGCCUGGAGGCUUUCAUAAUGAAGUGGUUUUGCCACUGGGUAUAAGGCACAGGGAAGGAAACAAGAUAAAUUCAGACCAAGUAGGGGCAGGGGGACAUGCACUCCGUAGUACUUAAGAGGAUGAAGCUGUGCUUCCACUAGUGGAGGAAUAGGUUUGUCUUCCUGCAUGGUUAAAAAAAAUGAAGUUGUCCUAGGGAAGAUGCAGUGUUCUCUGAACAGCAGGUCUUGGGGAGUACGGGCAAAGAAUCACAGAAGGGUAGGGGUUGGAAGGGCCCUUUAGAGGUCAUCUAGUCCAACACCCCUGCAGAAGCAGGUCAACCUAGAGCAGGUUGCAUAGGAACAUGUCCAGGCUGUACACGGCAGGCGGCUGAGCAUAGGAACUGCAGAACACAGCCGGAUCCUGCACCUUCAGCUGCGGGGCCUGGGCAACCGCCCACCAGCUGCUCUGCCUGAGCAGGGGCCUUGGACAAGGGACCCUCCACCCUCAGCCUGUCUGUGACUCAGUUGCUACUGCACCUUCUCAUCCCACUGCUCUCUCCUCAGUGCCUGGUUGGGUGACCUAGGGACUGCAGAUCUCCUUCUGUACCAUUCAGAAAUGCUGGAUCCAUCAGCUGCUGCUUAGAAAAUAAGCAACUGGUGCCAUUCAGUGUGUUGUACCCCGGAAGAGGGAUGUGCCCCCUGCAAAAUGCUCAAGAGAAAGCAAGUGUAAAAGACCUAGACCAGGUAACAUACAUAUUAAAAAUGGAAGGCAUUGCUAAAGUAACUUGUUUCUGAUGCUCUGGCUUACUGAGAUCAGUGAGACAGAAUAUCACAACAGUGACUUAAUACUUUGAUCUAUCACAGCUAGCUGAAUACCUUUAUUGUGGUACAAAAAUCAAGUGUUUCUUGAGCAACACCUUGUACUAUAUGCAGCAGUUUGUUUUCAUUACUUUUAUACUUCAAUUUUAUCGACAAAGGUGACAUUUUCUUGAGAGAUUUAAAGCAGUGGCAUUACUCGUGGCUUUGUCUUUACAUGGCUAAUCGAUAGGUUUUUCCCCUGAGGUAAUAUUCUUUUACCACUUUAAAUAAAUGGAACUGUCAAUGGAUACUUGCCUGUUCUUUUGUGUUUUGGCUACUUAGUUUAGUUCAACUGAACCGCUGCAUCUCUGAAGCCAAAGCCAGUGCAGGUGAUUUUAAUUCAUAGCAUUGUUGCACAUCAUUCUGCAUUAGAGAGUUCUUACAGAAGGUGGCUAUUUUUUUUUCUUAUUGCUUGUAUCUCAUUAUUUCUUCUUCCCCAACCAAACUUUAGUAAACUCAGGCUCUAUUUCUAAUUAGAGGCAAGCAGUAGGAUAAAUGAUCUACAGCUAAACUUGGUGAGCUAUCAAGCUCACCCACUGCUGCCUCAUUCUUCUCUGGGGCAAACUGACAUGAGCACUUGUCUUACACUUGCCAGGCUUUUAUAUUAACUACACAGUCAGAAGAAUAAUAAAGGAAAAAAAUUGGUGGUAAAAGGAAGGGGACAGCAGGAGUGAAGAGGAGGCAGGAGAACGGGCUCGAGGGUUUAUACAAUAUGUAUAAAUUAUAUAUCAAAUAUAUAAAGGGCGGGUGUCGGGAGGAUGGAGCCAGGCUGUUCUCAGUGAUGUCCAAUGAUAGGACAAGGGGCAAUGGGUGCAAGCUGGAACAUAAGGGGUUCCAAAGAAACAUAAGGGAAGAAUUUCUUCACUGUGAGGGUGACAGAGCACUGGCACAGGCUGCCCAGAUGGGUUGUGGAGUCUCCUUCUCUGAAGACAUUCAAAACCCACCUGGAUGAGUUCCUAUGUGACCUACUCUAGGAGGUUCUGCUCUGGCAGGGGGGUUGGACUAGAUGAUCUUUCAAGGUCCCUUCCAACCCUUAUGGUUCUGCAAAGGCUGGGCCACUCCACUUAAGAGUCCUGGCAUUGACAGAGAGCAACCAGUGACAGGACAUUGCUCUGGAAGUGUCGGUUUCAAAAAAACCAAACCAAACCCAACCAAACCACCAGAAAAAAAGCAACAAUGUAUCAGAUAAACUCAUCUUGAUUCCCUGUAAGCUUUGCACACUGGAAAUGACCAGAACUGGUUUUCCCAGAUGGCCUUCCCAAGACCAAAGGCUUAUUGCAAUGGCAGUCACACAGUGAAGCAAUAAAACCCACCACCAUCAUCA